UUGCAUUUCCGUAUCCGUUCGACUGUCUCACUGACACAUUCUUUUCAAUACAAAAAUGGCUGCUGUGCAACCAAAUCAAAAUUUUGCAAAAAUGAUUUCGGCGCAGCUUCGUAAUAAAGCAACUCAUAACAAUCUUGCUGAUAUACUAGAGAUGUUUGAGGCUGAAACGGACAAUUAUUCGCCCUUACUACUUACAGUAGAAGUGAUAUUCACAAAACUUUUGCGAAGAGGUGAACUUUUAGAGGGAAUAGUCCCCCUUAAACCAGCAGACAACAGUCCUGAAGCCCAGUACAAACGAUGGCUGCGCGAGUGCUUCGAGGCGGCUCUGACCCGCAUCCUAGAGUGUAUUCGUCGCGGUCGCAUGAGCUCCCGGCUGCAGGCUCUUGUUACGGCUUGCAAGCUCAUGCAGGCUGAAGGCAAGCACCCUUUGGAGGGUUCCACUGGAUUUUAUUUCCCAUCAGUCAGGCUCAAGAACAUAUUCAAUGUGUUGCUGGAUCCUGAAAUAUCCAUGUCAGCGCCAAUAGCUCGCUUCCAGGAAUUUACUGAGUACAAAGACGUACAGCAAUAUGGACUAAAAGUACUUUCCACAAUCGCUUAUCGCAAAUCACCAACAUCUGUUUACAUGCAGAACUACUUGGAACUACUUGAUAAACUACUGGUAUGUGAGAUACCCACAGAAACCAAAAUCAAGGGUAAAGAAAGGGAUGGAGAAGAGAAGGACGAGAAGGUUCUGUGUGGCACUGAAGACAAGGCCCCAUUCCCGUACAACCCGGGCGUGUGCCGGCGCUACGCCAACCGUUGCUGGGGCUUCGCGUGCCAGUGGCCGCUGUGCCAGGACUCGCGCACGCACCGCCGCGCGCUGCUACUGCUCGUCGAGCGUCUCAUGCCGCUCCUGUCCCGACCACACCUCGCCACUGAUAUGCUCUGCGACAGUCUGGAUGCUGGUGGGCCUAUCAGUAUGUUGGCCCUGCAAGGCGUAUUGGAGCUGGUCCGUCGUCACAACAUUGAUUACCCCGACAUGUACGACCGACUGUACGCCAUGUUCGAGCCCGAGAUGUUCGCUACGCGAUACAAGCGACGGCUCAUGCAUCUCGCAGACAUCUUCCUUAGCUCCACCCACUUGCCAGAGAGCCUAGUAGCGGCGUUCGCGAAGCGUCUGUCUCGGCUGGCGCUGGUGGCGUCCCCUGACGACGCCGUGGGACUGCUGCAGCUCGUCGCCAACCUGUUGUUGCGUCAUCCCGCGCUCAAGCGCAUGAUUUGCUAUGAAGAUACGCCUGCUAUCAUGUCGAACGACCCGUACGUGAUGGAGGAGACGUGUGCACGGUCGUCCCGCGCGCUGGGGUCGUCGCUGUGGGAGGUUUGGGCGCUGCGGCGACACCCGUCGGCCGCGCUGUCGGCCGCCGCCGCGCGCGUGUUGCAGCCCGCCGCCGACCGCGCCGCGCCGCUCGCGCUUACUGCGCCCGACCUAGCCGCGUCCUUCGACGCCGAACUGAAGAAGAGGUUCAAGACUAUAGAGAUGAACUUCGUUCGGCCACAAGGCAUGACUACUCCAUCUGGCGAGCGAGUGAUGCAGUACUGGGAGCUGAUGGCCUGAAUCCAUACCGCAGUAAGAAUAACGACGCUGUUGACUCGCAUUUAUGGAACACCCCACACGUGAGAGGACCACGCCGCUAAGCGGCACAGACCAAAUCGGACAUGAUUUGAUCUGCCCCCAACCUGGUUGGUCGGACCAAAUCCUGUCGCCUGUAGGUCUGACACAUUGAUUUCAGUACAGGCCCCGUUGCUUGCGAAUUUAGUUGAUGUCAGAGUUGUAAGGAUAGAUAUGACUAGAAUAGUGACUAUUAUUGCGUCUGGUUGUUAGAAGUAUUUUAUUAUUAUUGUUACUUUACAACUCUGUUGGAAUAAGCCUCGAGACGUGUAUAUUUAUACUCUUCAGGACUAACCUCGAAUUAGAAAUACACAGAGCUAACAAAAGACUAUAUCAAAGGGACAUUGCCGGUCUUUUCAAACUCUUAAAAUAAACAGUUGCCUACAUGAUUGCAAGUUUCCAAAUAAGGUAUAUGGAUAAAUAUAUUCGUCUUCCGACAACCGUCGUCAAAAUUGUAUGAUCGACACGUACAUUGAUCAUUCAAUUUCGAUACAAAUGAAUGGAGCACUGCACUUUAUGUACACUAUAUGUCUCACUUAGUACACGGACAGAACCGUACUAGGCCUAGCAGUGUAGCUAUUUUGUUGCUAACCACAUAUUUUACAAAUAAACUGUUAAUAGAUGUAACUUAAAUGUAAGUAUAUACACUAUAUACAGUUGUCUGUUUAAAAGAAAGAUGUUGCGAUUUGGUAACGUUUUGAAAGUAUUGCCAGUGAAUGCAACUCCACUUCCUAAAUACACAAGAUAUGAUAUAUUAGUGUACAACCUGUAAUUAUAAGAUUUUGAAUACAUUUUGCACUUGUAAUGUUAAAAACCUAAUGUAGAUGAUGUUUGUUGUAGUUUGGUUACAAUUUUAUUUUUUUACGAAUGACUUCGAACGUCUGUGAUUGUUGGGCCGGGUGUCGAUGGCGAGCCACAUUUACAAGGUUAUUUAUUUAAAGUGUUUAGUCAGUAACGUAAGUGUAUAUCCGUGUGGGUAUAGAUAGACUAGCGCUAAUAGAAUAUCUACUCUUUGUAGGAGAGGUAAUAGUAAUCCUUAUGAUUAAGUAAAUUAUGUCUGAUAUUCUUUAUGUUUAAGUAUUAACUAACUUAUUGUGUAUAGUGUACCUUUACUAACGGCUACUACCGACACCCGGGUGCGCGUGCGCCGCUCGAGUGGACUCUGCUGGCGCCGCGCAUAGAUUGUUAUAGAAUAGCUCGUGAAUGUCGCGUGUCAGGGUGGACAAACAUUUUAUCCCAAAUAAUAACAUUUCCAUGACAAAAUGAAUAAUCUCAUUUAAUUAAAUAACCUUAACAGGUGGUAAAAUAUCGAUCGCUAUAGAUAUAGUCAACAAUUAGCUCUUAAUUAUAAUAAUCAUAAUAUCGAUCGAUUGAAACUAAAAUCUGCAAAGUUCGGUGUAAUAACCGUGUCCCAGCAGGGCAGGGCAGUUGUGUGCCGUCAAACUAAGUAAAAAAAAUACAUUAAAUCUAACUAAACAAUAUACAGGUAUUUUUGAAAUUUCAUAAUAGUUAUAGUCUUUGAAUGGAGGGUGACGACGACGUAUUCCCUGUGCAACUGAGUCGAGGGCAUGUGAAGAUGAGAACUUUUGGUGCUGGUACCUUCAGGGUCCAGCCUUUUCGCUUCCUAGGCGCCUGAAGUUUCUUCUCUGCCCUAGCUGGUCCGAAGAUUUCAGUUUAACACGAUUACCUGGAAAAUACUUCUAAUUUCUUCUAUAGUGUAUAGCUUUAUCUAGCUUCAUGUUUACAUUACUUAGUAUAUUUUUGCAUAGGUAGCAAAUUCGAUCACACCUGACACGUGCAUUCCCAUGGAUCGCUGUGGUUGGUCCGUUAGAUAACUUACGUGCAUUGUCGCCGUCUUCCCGCACUAAACUAUUAUAGUUUCAUUCCAAUGAGAACUUCCUUGACUAUUUGUUGAACAUUUAUUAAUUAAGAAAUUUAUUUUUGUUAUUUUUUCUUUUGGAGCUGUUCUCUUUAUGUAGUGAAGUCAAGUGUUUAAAAGGGAAAGAUGUGAAAUGCUAUUUUUA